AAAGCUGUUUUUGGGCGCCUUUACUGACGGGCGGGGCUGCCUCGCGUAGUGUGUGGACGCGGCCGGCAGGAGGCGCGCGGAGUCUGACUGGCGGUGGCGGCGGCUGCGCCAUUGGCGGGUAGGAAAUGCCGCCAGAUGGCGGUUUAGGAUUGCGGCUCUACUGAGGUGCGGCCCCCGGCACCGCCGCCUGUUCGUUCCGGUCCGCCUUGGCCCCGGCCCGCCUGGACCCUUCUCCCGUGGUACCGUGGGAUUCCCGGGGGCGCUUGGCCCAGCUGAGGCUGGACUUGAAGAUUGCUCGGAAAACAACAUAUUUUGGUUCUACUAACAUUUCAUGGUGUACUACAAAAUGAUUACUUCAGAGUUACCAGUGCUACAUGUUGAUUCUCAUCUGGAGCAGUGUUUCUCAAACUUUUUGGAGUCAAGGACCGCUAAAUUCUUCGUGCAGAGUUUCAAGGACCGCUACAUUCUUCAUGUGCAGUUUCCCGGACCAGCAGGAUUCUACAAAUGAAACUACUGCACAUUCAGAUGCUGGUAGUGAACUUGAAGAAACCGAAUUGAAGGGGAAAAGAAAACGUGGUCGUCCUGGCAGACCUCCAUCUGCCAAUAAGAAGCCUCGAAAGACUCCAGGAGAAAAAUUUCGUUCGGACCCUGGAAUAAGAGGACCAGGUCGAGGGAGAGCUAAUGGCCAUCCACAGCAGAAUGGAGAAGGGGACCCUGUCACUUUGUUUGAGGUGGUAAAGAUGGGCAAAAGUGCUAUGCAGUCUGUGGUAGACGACUGGAUUGAAUCGUAUAAACAAGACAGAGAUAUAGCACUUCUGGAUUUAAUCAACUUCUUCAUCCAGUGUUCAGGAUGCCGAGGCACUGUACGAAUUGAAAUGUUUAGGAACAUGCAAAAUGCAGAAAUUAUCAGGAAAAUGACUGAAGAAUUUGAUGAGGACAGUGGCGAUUACCCCCUUACCAUGCCUGGGCCACAGUGGAAAAAAUUUCGUUCAAAUUUUUGUGAAUUCAUAGGAGUUCUAAUUCGACAGUGUCAGUACAGCAUAAUUUAUGAUGAAUAUAUGAUGGAUACAGUGAUCUCACUUCUGACUGGUUUGUCAGAUUCGCAGGUCCGGGCUUUCAGGCAUACCAGUACACUUGCUGCUAUGAAGCUCAUGACUGCUCUUGUGAAUGUUGCCUUAAACCUGAGUAUUCAUCAGGAUAAUACACAGAGGCAGUAUGAAGCUGAGAGGAACAAAAUGAUUGGUAAAAGAGCCAAUGAAAGACUAGAGCUACUCCUUCAGAAACGGAAAGAGCUACAAGAAAAUCAAGAUGAGAUUGAAAAUAUGAUGAAUUCCAUUUUCAAGGGUAUAUUUGUCCAUAGAUAUCGUGAUGCUAUUGCUGAGAUUAGAGCUGUUUGUAUUGAAGAAAUCGGUGUGUGGAUGAAAAUGUAUAGUGAUGCCUUCCUGAAUGAUAGUUAUUUAAAGUAUGUUGGUUGGACACUUCAUGACAGACAAGGCGAAGUGAGAUUGAAGUGUUUGAAAGCUUUGCAGAGUUUGUACACCAACAGAGAGUUGUUCCCCAAAUUGGAGCUAUUUACAAAUAGAUUUAAGGAUCGCAUUGUAUCAAUGACACUUGAUAAGGAAUAUGAUGUUGCUGUAGAAGCCAUUCGAUUAGUCACACUAAUUCUUCAUGGAAGUGAAGAAGCAUUGUCCAAUGAAGACUGUGAGAAUGUUUAUCAUUUGGUGUAUUCUGCACAUCGACCUGUUGCAGUAGCAGCGGGAGAAUUCCUUCACAAAAAACUGUUUAGCCGGCAUGACCCUCAAGCAGAAGAAGCACUAGCCAAGAGGAGAGGACGGAACAGUCCAAAUGGGAACCUUAUAAGGAUGCUGGUUCUUUUCUUUCUUGAGAGUGAGUUGCAUGAACAUGCAGCUUACUUGGUGGACAGUUUAUGGGAAAGCUCUCAAGAAUUGUUAAAAGACUGGGAAUGCAUGACAGAAUUGCUGCUGGAAGAACCUGUCCAAGGAGAGGAAGCAAUGUCUGAUCGGCAGGAAAGUGCACUUAUAGAGCUGAUGGUAUGUACAAUUCGACAAGCUGCAGAAGCACAUCCUCCAGUGGGCAGGGGAACUGGAAAGAGAGUUUUAACAGCAAAAGAAAGGAAAACUCAAAUAGAUGACCGAAACAAGUUAACAGAACACUUCAUAAUUGCACUUCCCAUGUUACUGUCAAAGUAUUCUGCUGAUGCGGAGAAGGUGGCAAAUCUUCUUCAAAUUCCUCAAUAUUUUGAUUUGGAACUCUACAGUACAGGAAGAAUGGAAAAGCAUUUGGAUGCCUUGUUGAAACAGAUUAAAUUUGUUGUAGAAAAGCAUGUAGAAUCGGAUGUUCUUGAAGCCUGCAGCAAAACUUAUAGCAUUCUUUGCAGUGAAGAAUAUACCAUUCAGAACAGAGUUGACAUAGCACACAGCCAACUCAUUGAUGAAUUUGUGGACCGAUUCAACCAUUCUGUAGAGGAUCUCUUAAAUGAGGGAGAAGAAGCUGAUGAUGAUGACAUAUAUAAUGUUCUUUCCACUUUAAAGAGGUUAACAUCUUUUCACAAUGCUCAUGAUCUUACAAAAUGGGAUUUGUUUAGUAACUGCUACAGGUUACUGAGGACUGGAAUUGAACAUGGGGCUAUGCCAGAGCAGAUAGUGGUUCAGGCUCUUCAGUGUUCCCAUUAUUCCAUUCUCUGGCAGCUGGUGAAAAUCACAGAAGGAUCUCCUUCAAAAGAAGACUUAUUGGUGUUGAGGAAAACAGUGAAAUCGUUUCUGGCUGUCUGCCAACAAUGUCUAUCGAAUGUCAACACUCCAGUCAAAGAACAGGCUUUUAUGCUGCUUUGUGAUCUCUUGAUGAUUUUUAGCCACCAGCUGAUGAGUGGAGGCAGGGAGGGUCUCCAGCCUUUGGUUUUUAACCCAGAUUCAAGCCUCCAGUCAGAACUCCUUAGCUUUGUAAUGGACCAUGUCUUCAUUGACCAGGAUGAGGAGAACCAGAGCAUGGAGGGAGAUGAAGAGGAUGAAGCUAAUAAAAUUGAAGCUUUACACAAGAGAAGGAACCUUUUGGCUGCCUUUAGCAAGCUUAUAAUUUAUGACAUUGUAGACAUGCAUGCAGCAGCUGAUAUCUUCAAACACUAUAUGAAGUACUACAAUGACUAUGGGGAUAUCAUUAAGGAAACACUGAGUAAAACAAGGCAAAUAGAUAAAAUUCAGUGUGCAAAAACACUCAUUCUCAGUUUGCAGCAGCUGUUCAAUGAGCUUGUUCAAGAGCAAGGACCCAACUUGGACAGGACAUCUGCCCAUGUCAGUGGUAUUAAGGAGUUGGCUCGCAGGUUUGCUCUCACUUUUGGCCUGGACCAGAUCAAGACAAGAGAAGCUGUGGCCACAUUACACAAGGAUGGCAUAGAAUUUGCCUUUAAAUAUCAGAAUCAGAAAGGACAAGAAUAUCCACCUCCUAACCUUGCUUUCUUGGAAGUACUUAGUGAAUUUUCUUCUAAACUCCUGCGACAGGACAAAAAGACAGUUCAUGCUUAUCUGGAGAAGUUUCUAACAGAACAGAUGAUGGAAAGGAGGGAAGAUGUAUGGCUUCCACUGAUUUCUUACAGAAAUUCAUUAGUUACAGGUGGUGAGGAUGAUAGGAUGUCUGUGAAUAGUGGAAGCAGCAGCAGCAAAGCUUCUUCAGUAAGAAAUAAAAAAGGCCGGCCUCCUCUUCACAAGAAAAGGGUUGAGGAUGAGAAUCUUGAAGGCUCUUGGCUGAAUAGAAAUGACAGCAUUCAGACUCCAGGUGCUCUACAAACGCCACAGCUCACAUCCACUGUACUGAGAGAGAAUACACGGCAGAUUGGAGAACAAAUUCAGGAGCACGAGUCAGAACCUGGAUCUGAACAAGAUUUUUUACACAAUCCUCAGAUGCAGAUCUCUUGGUUGGGCCAACAGAAACUUGAAGACUUAAGUCGAAAGGACAGAACGGGAAUGAACUACAUGAAAGGCAGAAGUGGUGUAAGGCACGCAGUACGGGGUCUAAUGGAGGAUGAUGCUGAGCCUAUCUUUGAAGAUGUAAUGAUGUCUUCACGAGGUCAAUUAGAGGACAUGAAUGAGGAAUUUGAAGACACCAUGGUCAUUGAUCUGCCCCCUUCAAGAAACCGACGGGAAAGAGCUGAAUUGAGGCCAGAUUUCUUUGACUCUGCAGCUAUCAUUGAGGAUGAUUCGGGAUUUGGAAUGCCGAUGUUCUGAAGUCUGGUGAAGACAUUAUACAAAUGUGGAACUCUGUUCUUUAGAGCUCAAGGCCUAUAUACUGUGAUAGCUUAUAUGAAAACCACAUUUUUGAUGUGAUUUGGUUUGAUUUUUAACCAAAUGAUUAAGGUCACUUCCUUUUUGUAAUGAGAGAGAAGAGGAGCUUCGUAAUGAAAUGAGGAAUAUUGGCCAAUCAGUCACCUCAGAAAGGCUGACCUACAAAUCAUUUGUUUCCCUGUCCUUGACAGUCCUAAUACAGGUUUUUUUUCCUGGAUGGGGAGGAGCUUUUAAAUUAAAACAGUUAUAACAUAAACACUGUUCUACACGUUUUCAGAAAACAUUGAAUGAAAACAAAACUUUUUAACUUUAUUUUUCUGCUGUACAACUUCAAAAUGUUUUAACAUUUGCCUUUUUAUGUUUUAGAAGCUAGCCAUUUUUAUUAAAUUUAUGCCUGUCAGCCAUUGACCAGCAGCGAUGCUAUCAGUAGGCCAUCCUGCCUGGAGAAGUGUUGUUAAACACACUGGAUGUGACUAGCAGUAUGGUACGCUUCUACAUCCUCUCUGACCAUUGAGAGCAGAACACUUUUACAAAAGAGGUUAGAAGUCAGAUGUGUGCAUCUCUGCCAAAAAGUCAGAUUCUGAAAAAGAGAAAACCCCAGAUUUUAUACUUCUGAGAAGAUUUAUUUUUAUUUAUAAUAGGGCAUAAAAUAAGAGAUGUCCAUGAAGCCACUUUUCCAACAGACGCUGUGUAACAUUCAUUUUAUAUAGCACGAGGGGAACACACAAGACAGCACAUUUUCUAUUGGUACUUGUUCUGUGCAUUUUUAGCAACUUAUACCAGCAAAUAAAAUAUUCUCAGUAAAAUAAACCAGUGGUUCUAAAGUAAUCUAUUUGCUGUUUCUACUACCUAUUUCAUGCCCUCUCAGAACUGAGGUACAUAAGCAGCAACUUUCCUAUGGAGCAUAAAUCAAAGGGGAAGGAGGUUUGGGGAUGGGGAGCAAGAGUCACAACUUGCAUUUUCAAAGCAAUUUUAACUGUACCAUAGAGAAGUGUCUAACUUUCCAUGCCGUAAAUACCCUUUUGUGCUAUUUUUGUAAAUUAAUUUUGCCAGUUAGAUUUACUGUACGUGCUGCAUAGAAACUUGUGCUUAGAUGGUGACGUUCUUAAGCUUACAAUGGAAUACAGCUACAUUCUCAGUGUUAACUGUGCAUUAUUAAGAGUAAUUAUUAAAUGAUUUUUCUAAAAAGCAGAACAAUCCAAAAAGUAAUCAGCUAAUUCAUUGUUCUAAGAGAUUUUUGGUGUCUUCAAUGAUUUGGACUUUCAUUCUGCUUAGAUACUAUGACUCUUCCUGGUAGCUGCUAAUGUAAUUAAAGGACUAGUUCUCCCCCCACCCCCACCCCCAGUGUUGAGCACAGCUGCUGUUGACAAAAAUAUCUGUGAAAAUGAGGCCAAAGUAGUAUUCUUUGAAGUUUGAAUGUUAGUGCUUGAAAGCAGAUCUAAUUUGACCCAAUUUUAAUACAUCCACUUCAGAGGUGCUUUUAUAGCAGCUGCAAAAGUAAUUGUGACAUUCUCCCUUUUAAAAUGUCCAUUUAAUUAAUACGAGGUGCACCCAUUAACAGUUGGCACUUUCCCCUUCUAAAAUUUGUACAGUUCUCCCAUUGUGGUUGCCAAAAAUGAUUAACCUGGUAAUUCAGCCAUUCCUUCAAGGUAGCUCUUUAGGUAUUGUAAAGUUGCUAAAGGCACUGGGUUGGUGCUUCAGGAUAAAGUGCAAGUUCUCCCGCAAAAGUGGACAAACAAGAAAGGGUGAAAUAGCACUUCAGUUUUGUGGGGCAGAGUGGAAUAACUGCUGCUGGCUAAAGUCCUUGUGCUCCACAGCCCUCCAUAUGGAAAACUGAAUUUUAAUUUGACCAUUAGAGAAUUCUGUAAAACAAAAGCCGUUUACAAAUAAGUUACCUCCAAUGGGUUUCCAGUUCAGUUUGCAGUCAAUAGGUUUUUUUAAUGUGUCUCCUUGAUUGGUUUUGCUAGUAAUUCUGUAAAUUGUACAUUUACAAUGAGGUUUUUUCCUUUUGUACAAUUUAAAAUUGAUGCUUCACUUUUCCUUUAAUAAACUCCUCAAAAUCA